AUGAGGCCUCCAGCAGCAGCAGCAGCAGCAGCAGCAGCAGCAGCAGUUGUAUCGGUGCUGCUCUUGUUUCCUUCAGCAGCAGUGAGUUUCCCUGCCUUUCCUUUUUGGAAGUCAGAAGAGCAGCAGCAGCAGCAGCAGGGUUCCUCAGCUGCAGCAGGAGGAGCGCUACCUUCACAGCAGCAGGAAGGGGGGGCCCCAGGGGGGCCCCCAGAGGGGGCCCCUAAGGGGCCCCUGAGUCUUGAAAGUGUGCUGCGGUCUGUCUUUCCUUUUAUAUGGGGAGGAGAGGAGGCGAGAAGUGCUGAGGGAAGCCCCAGUAGUUCAGCAGCAGCAGCAGCAAAUGGGAGCAAUGAUGCUGCUGCUGCUGCUGCUGCUGCUGCAACAACAGCAGCAACAGCAACAGCAGCAGAAGCAGAAACAGCCCAUACAGACAUCACAACCGCAGCUCCAGCAGCAGCAGCAGCAACAGGAGAGAACGUAUGGGGGGACCCUUCAGGUGUAUAUGUGCUGAGCAACGAGGAAGACACCAACCAAGACAGCAGUAGCAACAGCAGCAACAGCAGCAGCAGCAGCAGCACAAAGAGCAGCAGCUGCUCUGGUGGCCGUGGUUCUGGGGGGUCUGCGUUUAAUACUGUUGCUGUUCUUUGUCUCCUUAACUCUCCUCGCUUUCUUUAUAAAACAUAUUCUAAUCAGUUAGUGUUACCGCCUGCUUCUUCAGCUCGUUAUGGGGGGCAACAUCUUAUUAAAAAUAAAGCAGCUGUUCUGUAUACCAAGCCCCAAGCAGCAGCACAACCAUCAGCAGCAGCAGCAAGCAGCAGCAGCAGCAGCAGCAGCAGCAGCAGCAGCAGCAGCAGCAGCAGCAAUGCUGUAUGCUCACAAAAUAUUCGUAAUGGGAAUAAAGAGGAGGGCCCCCGUCUGAGACAGACAAAUGGUAUCUGCUGCGCUGCACCAGCAGCAGCAAAUGAUGCAGCAGCAGCAGCAGCAGCAAACCAAACAGCUACUCACAACCCGCGAAGGAGCAUAGUUCACAGCAGCAGCAACAGCAGCAACAGCAGCGAUGCGGCAGAGACAGCAGGUGGAGCCCAACCGCAAGGAGCAGCAGGAGGAGGAGGAGCAGCAGCAAACGAUGCAGAAGCAGCAGCAGCAGCAGCAGCAGAAGCAGCAGCAGCAGCAGGAGAAGACUCAAACCUCUCUUCGCCCCGCAUCCGCACCACGCUGCUGACAGCAAACUUAGUCUCUAUCCUGAUGGGAGAGAGUAUUCUGAAUGAUGCUGUCUCCAUCGCCUUCACACGCUCUGUCUUCAAGUUCUUCUUCAACCCUCAGAGAGACCUCCUACCCAAUGCAGGAGUAGCAGAUAUUGUAAUUGACUUUGUGUUGGUGUUGACGGGGAGUUUGCUGUUUGGAGUUGGAGUUGGGGCGUUGUGCUGCUGGUCUUUUAAAAGCUCUCAGCUAAAGAGGUUGCCUCAGUACGAGGUGGCUUUAACUUUGUUAACUGCGUACAUCGCCUUCGGUACAGCUGAGGUUUUGGGGCUGAGUGGGGUUGUCUCCCUCUUUGCAUGCGGGGCAAUGCUAUGUCACUUCAACAAGUAA